AUGCUAACGGUAUCAAUGGUAGAUGUGUUUCUGUUGCUUUUUGUUCUCGAGUUCCGUUUGUUUAUUGAUUUUGGAGCGCAUAGUAGAGCUAAAGGAAAGAAACAGUCCAAUAUUGGUGUUCUCGAGGAUGCUGCAACUGGCGAGGAAGAAAAAGUUUCACCAAACAGGAAGAGAGGAAGGCCUCAAAAAGCAGUGAGGGAUGAAAUUGAAGAAGAAGAAACUGUUAAGGAAGGAGAAGUAGAAGAUGCUGCUGAGGAUAUAAAAAUCACCAUCUCUGACAAAGAGGUGAAUAAUAAGGCUGAUAUGGAAAAUGGGAGAAAGAGGAAGAGAUCUUCACAACUGAAGGAAAGUUCAUAUCCUGUCAAAGGGGAAAAUGGUGUGGGAACAAAAACUGGCGCAAAUGAUUCACUCAAAUCUGUUGGAUUCAGACCAAAUGGAAGCAGGCGGAAAAACAAGCCUAGGAGAGCUGCAGAAGUAGGAGUGGAGUGCAAAUGA